UCCGGGUCGCACAUACACAUGUGGUAAACAAGCACAUGAAGCCGAACAAGCAUGGAUCCCUCUUCAAAGUGGACUAACUUGCAAACUGGACCGAGUCUGCAAAACUUGACCAGGCAAAAUUUCGGUCACCUGGAGGAGGAGCAGCUCGCGACCGUCCAGGACCUGACACGAGCCCAUAUCGAGUCUUUCGACCAGGCGGUCACUGAGGGGCUGAGCCGGGUUAUACAGUCGAUACCCCCUCUUGAGUUCGCGGUCAAAAAUGAACGGAUCAGUCUGUCAUUUGUUGAAGCAACUAUAUACAGCCCAAUGGUGGCCAAAGGCAGCAUCUGCAGGGAGAUGAAGGUGUUUCCUGCAGAGUGCAGAGGGAGGAGGUGUUCGUACAAGGGCAAGAUGGUGGCAGACAUCAGCUGGUCGGUGAAUGGCGUUCCUAAAGGAAUCAUCAAACAGUCUUUGGGUCAACUGCCAAUUAUGGUGAAGUCCAAACUGUGCAACCUGCACGGACUGAGCCCGCGAGGGCUGGUGGAGCAUCACGAGGAGGCACAGGAAAUGGGCGGGUACUUUAUAGUGAAUGGGAUUGAGAAGGUAAUCAGGAUGUUGAUCAUGCCAAGAAGGAACUACCCCAUCGCCAUGUCCCGACCAAAGUGGAAGAGCCGAGGACAGGGAUACACCCAGUAUGGUAUCUCAAUAAGGUGUGUGAAGGAGGAGCAUUCAGCAGUAAACAUGAACCUUCAUUACCUGGAGAACGGGACGGUCAUGUUGAACUUCAUCUACAACAAAGAACUCUUCUUCCUCCCACUUGGCUUUGCUCUAAAGGCUCUGGUAGACUGGUCGGACGUCCAGGUGCAGCAGGAGCUGAUGAGAGGUCUGGAGGAGAACUCGUUCUUCAGGUCGUGUGUCUGUGAGAUGUUGCGUGUGGUGAUGGAGGAGGGCUGCUACACCCAAAGUGCCGCCCUUUCCUACCUGGGUGAGAGGUUUAGAGUGAAGAUGGGUCUACCUGAGUGGUACACACAUGAGCAGUGUGCACGAUAUCUCAUAAAUGAGUGUAUCCUGAUCCACCUGCGCUCUGAUGUGGAGAAGUUUUACCUGCUGUGUAUGAUGACCAGAAAGUUGUUCACCUUUGCUAAGCAGGAGUGUUUGGAGGAAAACCCUGACAGCAUCAUGUGUCAGGAGGUGCUGACGCCUGGUCAGCUUUACCUCAUGUUCCUCAAGGAGCGUCUGUCGGCCUGGUUGGUGUCAGUGAAGCUCUCCAUUGAUAAACGUUUUAGCAGAAUGAGUGGGGGAUGGACAGCUGAGAAUAUGAUGAAGAUCUUCAACUCAGGCUCUGACAUCACCAAAGCCUUUGAAUACCUGCUUGCCACGGGGAAUCUGAGCUCCAAAACAGGGUUGGGCAUGCUGCAGAACACGGGGCUGUGUGUCGUCGCUGACAAACUGAACUUCAUCCGUUACCUGUCUCACUUCCGCUGUGUGCACCGUGGAGCUGCCUUCGCCAAGAUGAGGACCACAUCAGUCAGGAAGCUUCUGCCUGAGUCCUGGGGCUUCAUGUGCCCAGUCCACACACCAGAUGGAGAGCCAUGUGGACUCAUGAACCACAUGACAGCCAGCUGUGAGAUCGUAGCUCAGAGUCUGUCCACUGUUACUCUGCCAGCACUGCUCUGCUCCCUGGGUGUGACUCCAGUGGAUAGCUCACCUGGCCGGCCGUUCUCAGACUGUUACCCAGUGGUGUUGGACGGGGCAGUGGUGGGCUGGGUGGAGCCCGAUCUAGCUCAGGUGGUGGUGGACUCCAUCCGCAGGUUUAAGGUGCUGAGGGAGAAGAAGAUCCCUCCAUGGACUGAGGUGGUUCUGGUUCCUAAAACAGGAAAGGCCAGUCUUUAUCCAGGUCUGUUCCUGUUCACCACUCCGUGCAGGAUGGUCCGCCCUGUCAGAAACCUGGCGCUGGGGAGGGAGGAGCUUAUCGGCACCUUUGAACAGCUGUACAUCAACGUUGGUGUGAUGGAAGAUGAAGUGGAGACCGGUGUGACGACUCAUCAGGAGCUGUUUCCUCACAGCAUGCUGAGCGUGGUCGCUAACUUCAUCCCGUACUCUGACCACAACCAGAGCCCCAGGAACAUGUACCAGUGUCAGAUGGGUAAGCAGACGAUGGGAUUUCCUCUGCACUCCUUCAUGGACCGCUCUGAUAACAAACUGUACCGCCUACAGACGCCUCAGAGCCCUCUUGUCCGGCCCAGCAUGUACGACCGCUAUGACCUUGACAAUUACCCAAGUGGCACCAAUGCCAUUGUAGCCGUCAUCUCCUACACAGGCUACGACAUGGAGGAUGCCAUGAUUGUGAACAAGUCCUCAUGGGAGCGCGGCUUCGCUCACGGCAGCAUCUACAAGACGGAGCUGGUUGACCUAGCAGAAAAAGUCCGGGGAGAUGACAGUAUUGUGUUUGGGAUAAAACCUGGAGACCCUAAAGCAGGCGACAAGCUGGAUGCUGAUGGUCUUCCUCAUAUCGGCUCCACGCUGCAGUACGGAGAUCCGUUCUAUGGCUACAUCAACCUGAACACAGGACAGAGCUUCAUCACCUACUACAAGAACCAGGAGUCAUGUGUGGUGGACAACAUAAAGAUCUGCAGUAAUGACUCAGGCUCGGGUCGUUUUAAACGAAUCUGCAUCACGAUCCGGAUCCCUCGGAAUCCGACCAUCGGGGACAAGUUCGCCAGCCGCCACGGCCAGAAAGGCAUCUUGAGCCGUCUGUGGCCUACCGAGGACAUGCCGUUUACUGAGAGCGGCAUGUGCCCCGACAUUCUGUUCAACCCGCACGGCUUCCCCUCACGUAUGACCAUCGGCAUGCUGAUCGAGAGCAUGGCGGGGAAGUCCGGGGCCCUUCAUGGCCUAAGCCAUGACGCCACGCCCUUCACCUUUUCCGAGGAUGCCUCAGCUCUCGACUACUUCGGCCAGAUGCUGCGGGCGGGGGGGUACAACUACUACGGCACGGAACGUCUGUACAGUGGGAUGAGCGGACUGGAGCUGGAGGCUGACAUCUUUAUUGGGGUCGUGUACUACCAGCGCCUGCGUCACAUGGUGUCCGACAAGUUCCAGGUGAGGACAACAGGGGCCCGGGACAAGGUGACCAAUCAGCCGGUGGGAGGAAGGAACAUCCAGGGUGGAAUCCGCUUUGGAGAGAUGGAGCGAGACGCUCUGCUGGCUCAUGGCUCGUCCUUCCUGCUGCAUGACCGUCUGUUCAACUGCUCGGACCGCUCUGUGGCUCAGGUAUGCGUGGACUGUGGUAGCCUGCUGUCCCCUCUGCUGGAGAAGCCCCCUCCCUCUUGGUCAUCCAUGAGGCAGCGUAAGACCGUUUGCCUGCUUUGCGGCAGCAGUGAAGCCAUCGACUCAGUGUCUGUGCCCUAUGUUUUUAGGUACUUUGUGGCUGAGCUGGCCGCCAUGAACAUCAGAGUCCGACUGCAGGUGAAAUGAGUUUAACCUGUGGGAUCAUGUGACUGGUCAUGUGAUCAGUAUUGACUGUUUACUUCUUUUGAAGCUGCUGCAGAGACAGAGAGACUGUACUGUGAUAGUUCACACAGGUCUUGGAUCUUUUUGCUCCACCAAGUGUUUUUUAAAAAGAAUGAGACUUUAUAUGAAAAAACCAGCAGCAUGAAAGUGUUCUUCACAGUAUAUUGAAGAUACCAUGUAAUAAUAAUAAAGUUUUAUUUUCA